AAAUAUGGCUGCACAAAACAACUGUAAGAUUAUGCUCCUAUAAAUACAAGUCUUCAAAGUCAUUUCUACCUCAAAUCUUUCAACUUUAUUAUUUGCAACACACUUCAUAAUAAUUUGUUGCAUCUGAAACUUAUCCAUCUAUUCAUUUGAGACAUCGUUGUAUCCAAUCUAUAUCUUGUGAUGGAUAUUGAAUCAACAAACCAAGUAAACAAGGUGGGAGUUUUAUCUCGUUUUGGUGGCUUCCUCAAGGCUUUGCCUAGGAAUUUGAAGUCCAAAUUUAUCAAUGUAACAAAUAAUGUAAAGAAGAUUGGACAAGAUGACCCUAGAAGAGUAAUUCAUUCAUUGAAAGUAGGAGUUGCUCUCACAAUUGUGUCAUUGUUUUAUUAUUCAAGGCCUCUUUAUAAUGGCUUUGGAGUUGCUGGAAUGUGGGCAGUUCUUACUGUCGUAGUAGUAUUUGAAUUCACCGUAGGUGCAACCCUUAGCAAAAGUUUAAAUAGAGGGUGUGCUACAUUAUUAGCCGGUGCUUUAGGGGUUGGAGGGCAUCACUUAGCCACUGCUGUUGGAGAAAGAGGAGAAGCUAUUGUCCUUGGGAUCCUUGUCUUCAUUCUAGCUGCAGUGUCAACAUUUAUAAGAUUUUUUCCAAAGAUCAAGGCAAGAUAUGACUAUGGAGUGGUGAUAUUUAUACUAACAUUCUGUUUGGUUACUGUUUCGGGGUACAGAGUGGAAGAACUUUUUGAUCUUGCACAUCAGAGACUGUCAACAAUUAUAAUAGGAGCAGCAACUUGCAUGCUCAUUUCCAUAUUUGUUUGUCCUGUUUGGGCAGGUCAAGAACUCCAUAACUUGGUUGCUUCCAACAUUCAAAAACUAGCAAAUUACCUUGAAGGAUUUGAAGGUAAAUAUUUUCACUCAUUAGAGGACAAAGAAGAAUCUAAGUCACUUCUUGAAGGAUAUAAAAAUGUUCUCAAUUCGAAAGCAAGUGAAGAAUCUAUGGCAAAUUUUGCAAGGUGGGAACCAGGACAUGGUGGUUUUAGCCUUAGACAUCCUUGGAAGCAAUACUUGAAAAUUGGAACACUUGCCCGUGAAUGUGCUUACAAGAUUGAAACUCUCAACACUUACCUUAACCCUAAAAUCCAAGCUUCAUUGGAAUUCAAGUGCAAAAUUCAAGAACCAUGCACAAAGAUGAGUUCAGAAUCACACAAAGCAUUAAAGGCAAUAUCAACAUCAAUGAAAAAAAUGACACAACCAUCAACAGCUAAAAUCCACAUAGAAAAUUCAAAAUAUGCAAUUGAAGAACUCAAAGUUGCACUUGAAGUCAUUUCCUUAGAGGAUGUAGAACUCUUAACUAUAAUCCCAGUUGCCACAGUUGCUGCAAUCCUUGAAGAAAUCACUAUCUCAGUGGAAAAAAUUUAUGAAUCUGUUUCUGAACUUUCUCAUUUAGCACAUUUCAAGAGUGUAGAACCUAAUGUUUCACCAGAAAAACCACCCUUGCUUCAUAGAGGAAUCAUAAAACCUGUUGUUGACAUUGAUAACUCCUCACAUGUCGAAAUCACCAUUCAAGAUAUAUGUACAGACUCACCCGAAAAAGCUACAAAAGAAACUGGCGAAAUCCUUCGAACGAUGUAAAUAGUUUGUCACAAAAUUGGGUUUGCCUCGUGUGACUAUUUUCAUGCAUUUAUGCAAUCAGUGACUCUGAGUUGUUAGAUUAAGAUUGAACUUCUCUGAUGAUUUGACUAGUGAAUCAAUCUUAAAAACAAACUUGAAAUCAGAGUCGUUCAAUUUUCAUCUAAUAACUAUGAAUAUUUGUUGAUUGUGUAAAUGCAUAUGAAAAUUGUGAUCUUAUUGAACUUUUGUAUUACUAGGUUGAGUAAAUAGUCUCCGACCUCAUUUUACCCUUUGUAAAAUUAAGGUGAGAAGAUUUUUCAUAUUCUUACCUUAAUUUAAUUUAUUUCUUUACUUUUUGUUGUUGUGUGUUCUAUAGUGUAACAUGAGUUAUGCAACUUAUGAUAUUAGAAAGCUUUGUAGCUAUGGUAUGAGCAUAUUGGGUCCUUGUUCCUCGUUA